AUGUCGGGGUCUUCGUCUUCCAAAGCGGACAGUAACGAGCAAAUCGACCACACUCGAUUCUUGGUCGGCGACAUAGGCAACCUCUAUUUGAAAGUCAGGUUUUCAGAUAUUGUUUUGGAUGUAAAUGGAGAAAAAUUGGUCGCCCAUCGUAGUGUAUUAGCCUCACGCAGCAAAUUUUUUGAUCGCUUAUUGUAUGGAGAUUUUAAAGAAACCUAUGAAUCGGAUGUGCAAAUAAGUGAAGCACCAGUAUCCUUAUUUAAAAUAAUUCUUAAAUAUAUUUAUUCUGGUCGAAUAAAUUUAAGUGAUGUAGAGGGUAGAGAGGUUUUCGAAUUACUUAAGAUUUCGGAUUAUUUUGAUAUUCCAAACUUAAAACUUUCGCUGCACGAAUAUUUGCAAAGAAGUUUUAAUGUACAAAAUGUUUGUUCGUUCUUUGCUAUGGCACGACUUUAUCAAUACAAGGAGCUCCAAGUCGAAUCACUCAACUUGAUUGAAAACAACGUUUUGGAUAUAUUGAAAUCUGAAGAUUUUUUGUUAUUGACAUCUGGAGCUCUUCAAGACAUUCUCAAUCGAGACACGUUUUAUGCCAACGAAUUAGUUAUAUUCCGCGAGGUUUGUCGCUGGAUCAAUAAUAAUCAAAACGAAUUGGACCGUGAUACUGAAAUCCAUGUUUUAUCGGCCGUCAGAUAUCAUUUAAUGAGUAACGGAGAUCUGUCUAAGGCUAAGGAAUCAAAACUGGUUAGUUCGGAUACAAUUUCAGAUGCCAUACAACUUAGUAACACUUGGUCAACAGAUAAGCCUCAAUUUCGGGGACAGAUAAAACCCAAUGUGCGUCUUGAUUAUCAGUCUCAUAGUUCUCCAGUUACCAAUGUGAAUCUUAUCCAUCGGUCUCAGGGUUUUUCGGUUUUAAAUAACAGAAGCGGUACUAAUGUAAUAAAGUUAAAUACUCCAUCAAUUAUAAACUAUAUUGAUAUAUCCUUAUGGCGUGAACAUAGGAUUGAAAUAAUGAGGUGUUACUCUUAUUACAUUGAAGUUUCAAUAGAUGGGCAACAUUGGGAGCGACUUAUAGAUUACUCAAAUUAUAAUUGCCGAUCGCGUCAACGUCUGUGGAUUCAUCCACGCAUAGUUCGGUUGCUGCUUUGGGGCAAGUCGAACGAAAGUAGCGACGACCAAGCAUAUAGUUACAUUAUUGAAACUUCAGUCAACAAUGAGGAUUGGGAUUUGAUUAUCAAUAAAUCUAAAGGGCUGACACAAUCUUGGCAGGUAUUGCAAUUUAAACGCAGACCGAUACUCUACAUUCGUAUUACUGGCGUUGACAGUUCAGAAGGAAAGGAGUUUCGUUGUGUAUAUUUGGAGGCUCCCGCUCAAGUACCAUUGGAUUCCUACGUCGAAGACGAUCUUGAGGAGGACAACGAAACAGAUAUUACGGUCGCCUAA